AUGAGUUUCCUAAAGGGCUUCCUCACAGGUCUAACCUUCACAACCGCCACCCUCACCCUCACCGUUCAUCUGCAUCUCGCAAACCGGCAACAGCAGCACCUCCUCCUGCGCGAGCAGAUAGAUUCCAUAAACGCCAUAGCAUUAUUGCCAACCUCCACUGCCGCUACCGACACCAGCAGCAGCAGAAGAGUUUACACAUCCCACACACGAAAUACGUCCGCCGACGACACCGAUGCCAUCGCAGCCGUCCUGGCGCGGAGGGGAUAUUACCCGCGCGAACGCCCGGGGAUUAUGGAUUUGGCGAAGGAGAGAUGGAAUAGAGAGCUUGAGGGGUGGGUGAGGAGGAUGCAGGAGGUGGGAUUGGAGGGGAUCGCUAGGGAGGGGGCGAGAUUUUUUAAGGGGUUGGUGGGGGAGGAGCGCCGGAGAGAAUCGUGA